AUGAAAUCUUUAGUCUUGAUUCUAGUUUCCAUUUCCCUUCUAUUGCUUGUCGGCAUCAUUGAUGGAAGAGAGAGCCCAGGAGAAUACUACUGGAAGGGCAUGAUGAAGGACCAGCCCAUGCCAGAAGCAGUUAAAGAGCUUGUUGAUGAUCAGGAUUUUUCGUUUGUUUCCCAGGAAAAUUGUCAUACAUCUUGUAGUGGGGCAAGAGAAAGGGACCAUUUUGUUAAGGAUUUCGACAGCAGGCCUAAUGGUAUAAUAUAUCACGGCCAUGUUGAGCCUAAAGGAGGGUAGCUAGCUAGCCU